GUCUUCCCCAUGUCUGUGACCAUGAUCUCGGCUUUCGGUCUCCUGGCCUGCCCUUCGUGUUCUAUGGAAUCCUGGGAUCUGACAAUGAAUUUUCCCCCACUGGGCAAUUGAAACUAGCCCGGUCAUAGAACUCGCCUCUUGUCAGCGUGAAUCAAACGUUGCCACCAUGAACACAACAACUCGCAGAGUCGGUCGGCUGCCCUCUAGCUGCGUCAAUUGCAGACGGCGAAAGAUCAAAUGCGACAAACCGACAUCCCGAUCCUGUCGACGAUGCGAGCGACUUAGAUUAGAUUGCGUUGUCACUGAUGAGGCCACCAUUCGACCCUACUAUCACACCUCGAAGGAGCAAUUCGAACUGAUGGCCGCGAUUGUCCAGCACUAUGCCCCUGGUAUCUCGUUAGGCAUUGAAGACCUACGCACUUUUGUUAGCACACUUCAGGCAGCACCACAAGCACCCGAGUUUCCCGCAGAACUCGCAGAACCAGUUCCACCUACUAAUAUGUCAUGCUCACCGGUCGAUGGUGGGCACUUGCUACCGAGUGUCACUGCCAAGGACUCAGCAUCACUAUUGCCAGAGGGCUCGUUCAUUUCAGAUGCAACACGCCAGCGAAGAUUCAACGGUGUCUCAAGCUAUGCCGUCCUUCAGUCUCAAGUCAGCCUGUGCAUCACAAGAAGCUUCCCUCGGCUUGCGGCGCUGCAGCCCAGUGGUACCUUCGAUCUACGUGACGGCGAACCGCUGUCGAGAAAGCCCGACGCAGCACUUCCCGACAGGAAGACAUGCGAGAGAUGCAGCCUCGUCUUUCUUCGCUUCAUCAACUGCGUGUUUUACGUCCUCAGCCCAGAAAAGCUUUUUGAUGCAAUUGUCAGAGCCCACGGUAACGCAGACGUAAGCGUGCCAAUUCAGGCCACAAUCCAUCUCAUCGUGGCUCUCAUUGACGACGAUGCACAUCAUUUUGAGCUUGCAUCGAAGAAAAUGGAGAGCGUCGUAGAGGAAGGAAGUAUCGAGAGUAUUCAGGCAAUCAUCAUCAUGGCAUUAUAUAGGCUGAGAAGAAAUCAACGGAAUACCUCCUGGGUUGUUCUCGGCAGCGCUGUCAGGAUUGCCCAGUCACUAGGGCUGCAUGUGACUACUGACGAAGAAAGUCCUCUAUGGGCGGAACAGAAGACCAAGCUUUGGUGGUCACUAUGUGACUUGGACCAGUGGUUCACCAGCGUCCUGGGGAGAUCAUUACGAAUCACUGUCGAUCUAAGCAAUAUCGAUUCCCCUGCAGAUAACCUCAUCCGAGCUCCAAAUAUGCCACCCAUGUAUGCCUUCGCUUCAGCCCGUCUCACGCGUCUUCUUUCUCGUACUCUUCACUGCAACUCCGAGAAGCGUCACGAUAAUGGCAAAGAUAUCGAUCAACUGACUCAAGAUCUUUACGGGUGGUGGAACAGCCUACCACAGCAUCUGACCAUGCCUGCAGCAGCAAUUCCAGCAUCAUUGGUGCGAUCUACGCUAUACCUACAGUUGAGAUAUCAUUGUACCAUCGUCUUACUGACGCAAUCAUACCUGUUCAAUGCCACUUUCUCAGGCUCCGAGGCAAAUACUCGAAUGAAGAUCUGCGAAGAGAGCAACGACGAAACCAUUGCUAUCCUCGUAGAGAUGCACGAGAGGGAUGUUCUUACUAACCACUUCUGGUUUGAUUCAUACCAUGCAGUCACAUGCGGACUGGUUCUUCUGAUUAGAAUCAUCAAAAAUCCAGCAUCUGUCGAUUUGCGAGAUAAGGUGAUAAAGAUGAGUAACCUACUUCGAAUAUUCCCGGAUAGGUUGCAUGCUUUUGCCGUUCAGUGUUUUGACAAAGUGCUUGAAGAUAUUGAGCACCACCAACGGGAAACGACAACUUUUCACGACAGUGUCAUUCCGUUUGAAACAGGAUUGCCAAUUUUGGACUUGUGGGAACAGCUAGGGUUCUCUGAAUCUAGUUUUGACUUCACUAUGUAGCUGAGUACUUACCUAAUUACUACAUCACUCUCAUCUCAGAUUGCCUUGUUUCCAUAGAAGAUAAGAAAGUCCAAAGCAUCACGU